AUGGCGUCGGUAUUUGUCUCAUGGCACUUUACUUCAGUUUCCUCUGCGAAGGAUCACAUUCGGGUAGUCAUGCCAAUUGUAGUGUGCUGGUUCCUUUGGCUAGCCAGGAACCAGGAGCGCUAUCAGGGCCUGCGAUGGGAGGUCUGCAAGAUACUCCGCGAGGUGGACUAUUUUUUAGAACAGCUUGGAAGGGCAGGUAAGCUUCGUCGGGUGCACUUUACAGGGGAUGGGGAUUGCGAGUUGCUAAGAUCCAUUAAGGUCUCUCCGCGGAGGAGAAUCCCUUGUGCGGUUGCCUGGGAGAAACCUCCACUGGGGCUGCUUAAGCUCAACUCGGACGCCAGCGUGAAUUGUGGUAGGGCCUCGGGUGGUGGUCUGUUGCGCGAUAGUCAGGGAAAAUUGAUUUUUGCUUUUUACAAAGAAUUUGGAGAUCAGGCUGUGUUGGAGGCAGAAAGUAUGGCUUUGCUGUGUGGUUUGCAGUUGUGUCAUCAACGGGGGCUUUGUCCGUCAUUAGUCGAGGUGGAUUCCAAAGCGUUGGUGCAGCUGGUUGGCUCGGGGGUAAUAGCUAAGUGGCCAUUAUGUAAUACAUUGAGGAAAGUUAGAGACUUAUUGCAAGGUUUUUCGGCUUCAUUCUCACAUAUUUUCCGCGAGGCCAAUUCUUCUGCGGAUAGGCUAGCAGCUAUAGGGGCUGGAGGCACCCGGGUGUAUGAUCAGUUUCAGCAACUACCGGCAUUAGUUAGGGCUUCGAUUAUUCUUGACGCGCGUGGAGUGCCGGGGGUUCGUUGGGUAAUUGAUGAGGUUUAG